AUGGUGGUGAUCGAUGAUAUUGACCAGUACCCCGCGAAGGAAGAGUCUUGGGCGUCGGUCAUGGCAGUUCAGUCGAAGGAGUUGGCUACACCAUCGUUGUCACAGUCUUCAAAGAGUUUGACUGCAUCGCUUAAGUAUAAGAAGGCCGACACUGGCGAGACCCAUACCCUUAUUACCCUAUUGGAUACUGGUUGCACUAUCAAUCUAUUAUCGUUACAAGCGGCCAGAGAGAUGAAGUUGAUGAUUGAACCAUUGUCAUGUAGACGUGAUGUUACGCUGGCUGAUGGUUUGUUUCAUGAUGAGUCUAAUGAUAAUGUUACCAAAACGGCAUCUCAGUGCGAGCCUUUUGCUCCAGUAGUAGAGUAUGAUGAUCAUUAUGAAGUCGACAUCCCUUGGAAGGAUUCGACUCGUCCACGUUUCAAUUUGGCAGAGGCUAAAGGCCGUUUUCAGUCUUUGUUGCGUCAUACAUCGUCUCGAGAUAUUGAUGCUGUUCAAACUGAGUUAAAUGAAAUGUUGCUUAUGGGUCGUAUCCGCGAGUGUGACCCACGUGAUGUUUUAGGUGAUACUAUUAUUGAUCUACAUCGCAACGAGAGGAUCGUUAUUGAAGGGUUCAAGAAGAAGAACUUUGUCUUCCAGUCCCUGAAGCGUGUAAGUACGGAUGGCUCCUUUAACGGUGUCAGCGCGCGUUUACUGGCAGCAAAUAUUCAUGCCCAGCUGCUCGACUGGGAUACACUUGCUACUGAAGAGCUCAUUGAGAAGGUCCAACAGUGGUACACCGAUAUAAGGUCGAAGGUAUUUUCGACACCCCGAGCUCUUAAUUUGUCUACUCUCUACAUUUUCUGUGACAGCUCUAAUGCGGCCUGGUGCUCUCAAGUGGAUUGUCCCCUCAUAUCAACUGAAGUCGGUCCUUUAUACGUAUUGAGGAGCGUUGCUGGUGUUUAUGGACCUCAUUGUCGAUGGUCCAUACCUAAAAAAGAGCUGUAUAGCCUAUGGCGGUCAGUUCGCCUAUGUGGGGAUGUUCUAAAGUAUGUUGAUAACGUCAGAAUACCAAUAUCUUCUAUUAUAUUCUAUACCGACUCGGCAAUUACUCUAUGGCGUUUGAAGCGUCCAAAGUUGGAUGAUGAUCUAUCGCGCCUGGAGAAAAAAUGGGUUAAAGAUAUAAGAUCAGUUUGCUCGAAGUUAUUCGGCAAAGGUUUAGGGGAUGCGGCUACCCGGGCGAAGAUCGACUCUACUACUGUGGUCUUGGCUGAAGUAGCACGUAAAUGGGCAUUGGGGUCAUCGUUGGUUAUCUUCGACCCAGCUGUAUCGGCACUACCUUCUAAACAAUGCGUCGAUGAUUUAUCUGGCCUACAGUGUAUGACCAUUAUCACCGACUCGACUAAUGGCAGUGAGCCCUCCACACCACAGCCGGUCAUAUCUGAGUCUGAUCAGCAUGUUGAUUGGGCAGAACUUGCCCGAACAAACCAGAAUUCAUCGUCCUUCCUUACCGCUCUUCGAGAGUUUCUACUACAUAGGAAGGUGCCCGAUGGUUGUUCUAUUCCGCAUCGAGUUCUCAACGAUGCUUCCAAGUUCCAUACGGUCGAGGAUGGUAUAUUAUAUCGGUGUGUAAGAUCAACUUCAGAAGGUCAACCUCUACACCAAGUGGUAUUGGACCCAAAAGUCGAUGAUGAGGCAAUGAUUAAUCGUUUGAUUGACCACUACCACAAUACUACUACUCAUCUGGGAGCUGAAGCCAUCGCUCGUACAAUUAAGAUGGAAUAUUAUUGGCCUAGGAUCAACUGUUUUGUUCGUAAUCGUCUGCGAACAUGCGAUCCUUGCCAAAGAGUUCAUGCCUCUGUGGCCUGGCGCAAGACCGUAGGGUCUCUACGGAUGAAGUCUACUAUACCUGGUCAAGUGCUUGGGUUGGAUCAUGUGGUGAACUUACCUACGGGUGACGGUAAUUUCCAUCACGUGUUGAGUCUCGUCUGUGCAGCUACAGGCUUCACUUGGUUUCGAGCUACAAAAACCACUAGGUCUAUCGAGACUACAAAAAUCCUAGAUAGCAUCUUUAGUGAUGCGUCUUUCCCUAUCUGUCUCGUGGUGGAUGGCGGAUUUAAUUCGACUAAUUUCCGAGAGUGGUGUACUACUCGCCACAUAAUGGUUGCGACCCUCCCUCCGCAUCAUCGGAGCUAUGGAGGUUGGUUGGAACGUUGCCAUCUACAUCUGAGACAAUAUUUCGCUACUAAGCACGCGUCUGGUGAGGAGGUGAAAGAAUGGCCAUCAUGGUUGGGUGACCUGCAGUUGGUUCAUAAUCUCACAGUCUUCCCUGGUUUGGACUUUGGUCCUGCUGAUUUAUUCUAUGGCCGUCGGUUACUGAGACCGUGGCGUACUACAUCAUCCUCUACUGAGACAAAUGAGGACGUGUUGCAAGGUGUUCGUCAAUUAUUAUGUCCUGAAGAAGAGUCCUUUCUGGAAGACUUAUACAGAUGCCGAUGUGAGGAAACUCGUUUACGCUUCGAGGAGUAUAAGAGAUUUUGGGAGGAUGUGAAGGAAGUACAACAAGUAAGGUUGAGUCGAAGAGUGAACAAUCAUUCUCUGAAGUCUCCUGAGUUUCCUGUCGGUAGUAAAUGUCUCGUCUAUUGUCCGGAGUCGAAUCAGUCCAAGCAUUCUUUGAAGUUCGCUGGUCCUUUCGAGAUCGAAGAGGUGGUUUCUGAUUCACUCCGUAAGAUUAAGUCCGCUGGUCAAGGUGGACAUGGUAACAAGGAUAUAUCACCGUUACAAAGUGUUCAUAAUCUCUAUCCCUACUACACUCGUGAUGAUGACGAGAUUCAAUGUUGGGUACAGUGUGAUCUGUGUGACAGAUUUUCUGCUGUAACUACUCGUUUCAGCUGUCGUCUAGCUGGUCUUACUUGUCGUGUGGCAAUGUCGCCAAACGGCGAGCGCAGAAAUGUCAGCCAAGGUGGCCAACUAGAGAGUUACGGUUUGUCGAAGCACAAGGGUGCACCGAAGUUGAUCAAACUUGAGCACUACGUGGGAAACUCGACAGAUCUAAUGUGCCAGGAUAGUCCUUCAAGGACUUUGACUUUAGUCGAGUAG